AUGAUAUCUUGCUUCUUUGCUAUAAUUGACAAUUGCAACCAAACACGAUUUGUUGCAACUGUUUUACUUGAAGAUGAAACAGAGGAUAGUUUUAUUUGGACAUUAAAAAUGAUCAAAAAGGGAACAGAAAAUUUAAUACCAAGAGUUGUAUUCACUGAUUCUGAUCCAGCAAUGGCUAAUGCAAUAUCUUUAGAAUUUUCAGAUUCUAUUUAUUGUUUAUCAGGUGCAAAUAGCACUCAACAAGUAAAAAGUCUUAAUCAAAAAAUUCAUGAUUGCAUUAAAUCGAAUUCAUCACUUUUAAUGCUGGUAAAGGAAAUUCAAAAAGUACUUAAUAAGGAAUUGGAGUAUACAAGGGUAAAGGAAUAUAAAGAUCAAAUUCUAACAGUUAGCCUUGCAACUGUUUCUAAAACUUAUUUUAAUUCAAUUGAAAAGAUUUUAUCACAAUACCUUAUGCCAGCAAUAGUAUUUGCUGUUUGUAAACAAAUGCAAGAAUGUUUUUAUUAUAAUUGUAUUAAAAUUGAUAUAACAACUAUCAAUUCUAUGAUACAAGAACAAGCAAAUAUCGAUUAUAAUGAAGGAAUUCGUGAGGAUAAUUAUAAAGUUAUCAAGAUUCAUAUUGCUAAUAUUAUAUUAACAACUGGAAAAGAAAAAAUUCAAGAAAUUUGGAGAUUGGUUAUAUCUUGUGGAACUAAAAAUCAUUAUGUUAUAUUAUUAUCAGAUAGAUCACAUCGUUAUACAUGUAAUCUUCUUAUAACUCAUGGAUAUCCAUGUUGGCAUUUUUAUAAAAUCUUACGUUAUUUUACUCAAGCUAAAUGGCAUAUAAGACUUAUUGCAACAUGCUGGUAUAAGGAUGAUAUUAUUGAGAAAAAUACUGAUAUUUGUACUCAACAGAAAUAUGGUCGAGCUCAAGGUAUUUGUCAUAGAUUUAUAUUGGAUAAGCAAAGGAGUCAAGAAAUAGAAAUAGAAAUAGAAGAUGUUGCUAAUAUUAAAAAUCCUAUAAUUACUACAUGA